AUGGUCGGAUGUGAGGAGCGUUAUACCCCGCUAAAGAAGACGUGUUGGGCACUCGUCUGGGUUUCCAAGAAGUUAAGGCAUUAUAUGCUAGCCUAUCCAGUAAGGCUAAUUUCUCGAAUGGAUCCCCUCAAGAAGUCCAUAAAAGGAAGAGCUGUUGCUGACUUCUUAGCCGACUACCCAAUCGAGGAGAAAGUGUUUGGAAUUGGCGUGUUGCUAAUAUCACCCAACGGAUCUCACAUUCCGCUCGCAUUCAAUCUAAAUUUCGAGGUCACCAACAAUCAAGCAGAAUACGAGGCUUGCAUUGUAUGUAUGGAAGCAGCAAUCGAAAUCGGCAUAGAAAAAUUGGAAGUAGUAGGGGAUUCCAACCUGGUAGUGUCACAAGCCAACGGCGACUGGAAAGUCAUAGAAGAAAAGCUAAAGCCGCAUCAUCAAGACCUUGAGGAUCUCAUCCCUCAUUUCAACAAGGCAACUUUUACUCAUAUACCAAGGCUCAAGAAUCAAUUUGUGGACGCCUUAGCAACGCUUGCAUCCAUGGUUGAAAUUCCCAUUGGUGUGAAGUUGAGGCCAAUUGUGAUCGAAUAA